AUGGCAUUUGACGGCAGUUGGAAAGUAGAUCACAAUGAGAACUAUGAUAAGAUCAUGGAGAAAAUGGGCAUUAACGUGCUGAAAAGGAAGGUUGCAGCUCAUGACAAUUUGAAAUUGACCAUCAGGCAAGAAGGGAAUAAAUUCACUAUUAAAGAAUCUUGCAGGAUUCGAACCAUUGAUGUUGUGUUUGAACUCGGUGUCGACUUUAACUAUACUCUAGCAGAUGGAACUGAACUCAAAGGUUCCAUGAGCCUUGAAGGAAAUAAACUUACUGGAAAAUUCAAACGCAUAGACAAUGGGAAAGAUGUGAUUGCUGUCCGAGAAAUUUCUGGUGAUGAACUAAUCCUGACCUACAUAUAUGAAGGAGUCGAAGCCAAGCGGAUCUUUAAGAAGGAGUAG